AUGACAAUGUUGAAACCAUGUUUCGGUUAUCUUUCUUUUGUUAUUCUUCUUCUAACUGUCCUUACUUUGUCGGUAGCAGAAGCUGCAGACUCUGCAAUCCACGACAGUUUCCUUAAAUGCCUCACUGAGAAAACAAAAAUGGCUUCAGGGGAACUGUCCAAGAUAGUUUUUGCCCAAAACAACCCCUCCUUCACCACCGUCCUUAAUGACUUAGCCCGGAACGAGCGUUACAGGACCACAAAGACGCCGAAGCCGGUACUUGUAGUCACUCCUCUCAAAGAAUUGCAAGUGCAAGGCACUGUAAUCUGUGCCAAAACAGCCAAACUUCAAAUCAGAACGCGAAGCGGUGGCCAUGAUUACGAGGGUCUCUCCUACGUCUCCAAGGAACCCUUUAUUAUCGUCGACAUGUUCAACCUUAGAGCAGUCACCGUCGACGUAAAAAAUGAGGUUGCAGUGGUCCAAGCUGGAGCCACGUUGGGAGAAGUUUAUUACAGGAUCUGGGAGAAGAGUAAAGUUCAUGGCUUCCCUGCGGGAGUGUGUCCCACAGUUGGCGCCGGCGGACAUAUAAGCGGAGCAGGUUACGGUAACAUGGUGAGAAAAUACGGUAUGACCGUUGACAAUUUGAUUGACGCAAAAAUUGUUGAUGCCAAAGGAAAUCUUUUGGAUAAAAAAAGCAUGGGGGAGGAUCUUUUCUGGGCUAUCAAAGGAGGUGGAGGAGGGAGUUUUGGUGUGAUAGUGUCGUUUACGAUAAAGCUAGUUCCCGUACCUGAAAAGGUUACCGUUUUUCGCGUUGAGAAGACUAUGGAAACGAAAGUGACUGCCACUAACCUUUUGGUGCAGUGGCAGCAAGUGGCGCCAACCACUGACCAUAGGCUUUUCAUGAGGGUAUUAUUGCAGUUAGCGAAUUCGGAGGCUCAGAAGGGAAAGAUGAUUGGCCAAGCUUCGAUUGUGGCCAUGUUUCUGGGAGGGGCUGAUGAGGUUGUGUCGAUUUUGGGGAAGGAAUUCCCGCUUCUUGGAUUGAAGAAGGAGAAUUGUACUGAGGUCAGUUGGAUUGAGUCUGUUCUGUGGUGGAACGAUGGUAAGAGUUUGGAAAAUGGUGACAAACCUGAGACCUUGCUGGAUCGGAAUCUGAACUCUUCGAGUUUUAUGAAAAGAAAAUCCGAUUUUGUGGAGAAAGCAAUUCCAAAAGAAGGGUUGGAGACGAUGUUUGAGACGAUGAUUGAGUUGAAGACCAUAGGGCUUGUUUUCAACCCUUAUGGAGGGAAAAUGGCUGAGAUUUCUUCUGAUGCGACGCCUUUUCCUCGGCGUAAGGGGACCCUCUUCAAGGUUCAGUAUUCUGUGAGCUGGGACGAUCCUUCGCCUGCUAAGGCUCAGGAAAACACCAAUGGUGCUAAGAAGUUGCAUAGUGUGAUGACCCCUUAUGUGUCUAGUAACCCUAGAGGUGCUUAUUUGAAUUAUAGAGACCUUGAUAUCGGGGUCAACAACUUUGGUCCGAAUAGCUUUGAAGAAGGGAAGAUUUAUGGGACCGAGUUCUUUGGUAAGAAUUUUGAUAGGCUGGUGGAUGUCAAGACCAAGGUUGAUCCUGAAAACUUUUUCAGGAAUGAGCAGAGUAUUCCGGUACGUGCCUCCAAAGCAUAAUCUUUCAACUUUCUUAGAUUCUAAUGGCCCACUACUCUUCUUCCAAUAAUCUUUCAACUUUCUUAAGAUUUUAACCACAAUUUUUAGAAUUCUUUUUUUCC